UGGAGAACCCCACAUCCCCGCGGUGGAAGGGGGCGAACUCCGUUUGCCCCCCCCUCAGACCAAACAAGCUGGAAGGUGCCGCCUGACCAGAAACCUUGUCUAUCCGCUCGAGUCCACUUACAAUAAUAAUACCUUCUCAAUGGCACCCGUAAUUCUCGAUUCAAAUUCUCUAAGAAAUGUCUAGGGCAACACGACGCUCGCAAAUGUCACGAGCCGACUCUCUGUCAGUCAAGGGAUGGGCAGGCAUGUCAAUAGCAUCCUAGUGGCCAUGGCCGGACUCGACGGUCAAGCAAACGCCGGGUACAAUGCCCGCAUCGAAAGCUUCAGAGAUGACGAGUAUCCCAUGCUAAAUGGCUCCAUCUAUCUCGACCAUGCUGGGACAACACUCUAUCCCAAGUCCCUGAUGGAGGACUUUGCCCGGGUCAUGACAUCGGCCUUGUUGGGAAACCCCCACUCCGCCUCAGCCUCAUCUCAGUUGUCAACCGCGCGGAUAGAGGACAUCCGUUUGCGUGUGCUGCGUUUCUUCAACGCUGAUCCGGCCGCAUUCGACCUUGUGUUUGUGGCCAAUGCGACUGCUGGAAUCAAACUAGUUGCCGAGGCAUUGCGGGCUGCCCCCUGUGGGUUCAACUACGCGUAUCAUCAGGCGAGCCACACCAGCCUUGUCGGGGUCAGGGAAGAGGCUCAUGAUAGUGUCUGUCUUGACGACGAUAAGGUUGACAAGUGGCUUAGCGGAGACUGUCCAUUCGGGAACGACAGGGACGACCGCCCAGUUUUAUUUGCCUACCCUGCGCAGUCCAACAUGAAUGGGCAGCGGUAUCCCUUGAGCUGGGCCGCGAGGGUCCGCUGCGCAGGGAGGAAGACAUACACCCUGCUGGACGCAGCUGCCCUAGUCUGCUCCGCCCCGCUCGACUUAAGCCAGGCAGACACGGCUCCCGACUUCACCGUGCUCAGCUUCUAUAAGAUCUUCGGGUUCCCUGAUUUGGGCGCGUUGAUUGUGAGACGGGAGGCAGAGGAAGCGUUCAACUCGAGGAAGUACUUUGGCGGAGGCACUGUCGACAUGGUCGUGUGCUUGAAAGAACAGUGGCACGCCCCGAAAACUCAGUUUCUCCAUGAGCGCCUGGAGGACGGGACAUUGCCAAUCCACAACAUUAUCGCCUUGGAUCCAGCGCUGGACGUGCAUAAGCGUCUCUUCGGCUCAAUGCGGGACGUAGCUUCACAUACGUCAUUUCUGGCAAAACGACUCUACAGGGGCCUCAGAUCAUUAAGGCACGGGAAUGGCAAGCCGGUUUGUGUGCUAUACUCGUGCGACCCAGAGUCAGUGGGAGAUGGGCUUGGAAGUGGCCCUGUCAUUGCUUUCAACAUCCGUGACGGCCUAGGAUCUUGGGUGAGCUUGGCCGAGGUCGAAAAGCUCGCUUCGCUAAAAGGCUUUCAUAUUCGCACCGGCGGGGUUUGCAAUCCCGGCGGCAUUGCCUCCGCACUCGGCCUCGAGCCGUGGGAGAUGAAGCAGAACUUUAGCUCGGGGUUUCGGUGCGGGACGGAUAACGAUAUCAUGGCUGGGAACCCAACCGGUAUUAUCCGUGCAAGUUUAGGCGCCAUGAGUACCAUCGCGGAUGUCGACAGCUUCGUUGCGUUUGUUGCGGAGUUCUAUCGAGAUACUUCGCCGAUUCUGGCCCCUCCACAGCUGGAAACGCUGCCUUCUGGAACACGGCUCCAAAUUCACAGCAUAACCAUCUAUCCGAUCAAGAGCUGCGGCGGCUUCCGGAUUCCCCCAGGUGUCGAAUGGGAAGUCAGGCCUGAGGGGCUCGCCUGGGAUAGGGAAUGGUGUCUGGUGCACCAGGGCACCGGGCAGGCAUUGAAUCAGAAACGCCACCCUAAGAUGGCGCUUAUACGUCCGUCGCUCGAUUUCGAGAAGGGGCAGCUACGUGUCAUUUACGCAGGACACACAUCAUCUCAUGUUUCCCGGGAAGUCAGCAUACCACUUUCCAAAAUCCCCUCGCUUUUCAGCGCCUCAUUUUCGUCCUCGAGAUUGCCCCGAGUGUGUGGCGAGGAGAUUCAGGCGCAAACAUAUUCAUCCCCGAUCAUCAACCGCUUCUUCUCCGACCUCCUCGAGGUGCCGUGUCUACUCGCUCGGUUUCCCGCUGGCGGGCAAGGGAAAAGCAUGCGGCACUCCAAAGCCCACCUCCAGAAGCACCAGCUCGAACAACCACCACCAACAACCGGACCGGGCCUCCCAGGCUCAUUCCCACCGUCACCUCCGGACUCAGAUGUCGAGAAGGCUGUCUCGCGACGAAUUCUUCUCUCCAACGAAAGCCCAAUCCUCGCCAUCACUCUUCCCAGCGUUGACGCCCUGAACCGGGAGAUCCAAGCCGCCAAGCCCGGCACAAAGGAGAUUUCUGCUGCGGUCUUCCGAGCUAAUAUCGUCAUCGCACCUGCUGCUCCUGACACUAGCAUAACGCCGUAUGCCGAGGACUCAUGGUCAGGCGUCAAAAUCGGCCAGCAGCAGCUCAUGUUCGAAAUGUUAGGUGCAUGCAGGCGGUGCCACAUGGUCUGUAUUAACCAAGAGACGGCGGAGAAAAGCGAGGAGCCGUUUGUGACGCUGUCCAAGACGAGACGGUUUGAUGGCAAAGUGUUCUUUGGAGUCCAUAUGUGUUACAGUGAAGGCCAAGGCAGAAAGUCCCCUAUGGUAAGGGUUGGGGAUGUGGUUGUGCCCGAGUGGCGGCGCGAGGAAUAAAUCGUCCGCGGGGUGUGAUCUUCUGUGGACGCUCGAGUCAGUUGCCAAUGGACAGAGGACGUGGCGAUUAAUCUUCUGCCAAGAUGUAAGUAGCCCGUUGCGGUUUGGUAUCGAUUUCAGCAAGCGACCCUUGGGAUCUGGAACUGUGCAGGCGACCGAGUUGGCAAUAGCAUACCGGCUCCCCUUGCUUAGUUAUUUGUUUUGAA